AUAAUUUACUGAAUUACGAAGCGAAAAAGCUGGCUGUGAUACCCACCAUGGAAAAAGUAGGAAUUCAGCGUCGUGGUGCAAUGAAGCAGUUAAAAGUGCAUGUUGUAAAUGGACACAAUUUUGUAGCUACAUUUUUUCGGCAGCCGACAUAUUGCUCCUUCUGUUCAGAGUUUCUUUGGUAA